GAGCCAUCUGAUGUAGCCGAAAUACCAGCAGAAACGUUCGAAAAGAUUCGUGAAUCGAUUAUUUCAUUGUGCGUACGACUGAUGUCUCAACGUCGACAUAUCCUUUAUCUGGCUGCGGCAGAAGGCCGAUUCGAAUCAAUACCUGCCAUUUUGAGUGUUAUUGAUAAUACUCAUGAAAAAUUGGAUGGUUAUACACCAUCACAAAUCGCAGCGAAAAACAAUCAUAUGGCAACAGUUUGUGAACUGGCAAGAUAUGAUAUAAGUAGUAUUUAUGAUCGAAGUUAUAUUGAUGGUAGAAGUGUGUUGGACGGUUUAUUCGAGAAUUUAUUCAAUAAGAUGUUUACGAAUAGUACAAAUAAGGAUAAUAUUGGAAUAGGUUUAUGUUUAUUUAUUUUUUGGUAUCAUUUAAUCGUCUGGUUCUUUCAACGCUCCAUUUUGAUGAUAUCAUGA